UCGGCAUCAGCACAUAUUGCGAAGUUGGAAGUUGAACCUACGAAACGCGCGGGAAGCAACAGUGAAGGCCAAAUCCUUUGCCUAUAAGAAGUGGAAGUAUCUCGCCCUGACCAUCGACUUGUCCGCUCACCUCGGACACGGACUCCUUCACUCAUGCUCAUUCACUUCUCAAUAUCCAUCAAAUAAUCAAAUCGACCAACCAUCACCUUUAACAAUCGUCCUCACCUUCCACCGACAUACCCACCCACCAGCCAACCUCCACAACAGCCAACAAUGGACAGCCACUCACCCUUCGCCUCAACCACCACCAACUCCUCCCACAAUAACAGCACAUCCAACCUUCACAACAACAACAACAACAACUCCUCAACCACAACCAGCAGCAUCACCAACGUCGGCCCGGGACAUAGCAACUUCACCCCUGAGAUGCGUGAUAAGCAAGCCAGAGGCAAAGACCCCUAUGCUGAACGGUCGGAUGAGGAGAGUGAUUUUGAUGGUGGAGGGCCGGCGGUUGGGAUGAUGGGGAGGAGUAUGGGUGCUGGUGGGGGUGUUGGUGGGAGGGGAUUGGGAAGGGGGACGGGGAGAGGAGGUGCGGGUGGGUUGUCAUGGGGUGAGAGGAAGGAUGUUAGGAGGAAAGUAGAAAUCUCCGGCAACGCCAAAGCUCUCUCUAGCAUGUCCAACUCCAAUCACCACGUCGAUUACGACACCCGUGAGAAGCGCCGCAAAGCCUCCAUGUUUCUCAACGACCCCGAGUUGUUGAUAACCCAUGCUGAGGCUAGUGGCAUGACCAUCGCCGGCUCCCGCCACCAUUUCAUGCUCAUGCUUUGUGGCUACGACAACAAACCGCGUAAGAAAGCGGCGCAGGGCUCUUCCUCGGUCAGCAGUGGUCCAUCGUCGCGCAUGUAUCAGGGUGGAUCGGGGUUCAGUUUCUGAGAAUGACUUGAUGAUUUGAUGUUGUUCACGAGUGAAAAGACACAAAAACUGAUCCAACAUAUCUAUUAUC